AUGUAUUUGAACAGCAGAAAUAAUGCCAUCAACACAGAAAGGAGUAAGAGGAACAUAAAAGGCAAAACAUGGGCCCACUUGAGAACUACUCCACGUCAGGAGGAGAUCGUCAAUCCGAGGCCCCUGAAGGUGGGGAGAAAGCUGGAGACAAAUGAGAACAUGACUGAGGAGCAGGAGUCAUUGCAGCGCACGGCGCUUGGGAAGGCCCUCUAUGAUCUGACCCAUUCGGAGAGAGUGAUGAAUGAUCUGACGUUUGGACGGCGGGCGGGGCUUUACGAGCUGAGAGGGAAGAUUGGCGAGGGCAACUUCUCCCAGGUUAGACUGGGGAUACAUGACCUGACCAAAGAGAGAGUGGCAGUAAAAAUCCUGGAUAAGGUGCGUCUGGACAAGGAUUCGCAGGUGCUUUUCGCCUCUGAAAUCUCUUGCAUGGAGAAGCUGGCUCACCCCAACAUAGUGCACCUCUAUGAGGUGGUGGAGACGCUCAAGCGGCUCUACCUGGUGAUGGAGUAUGCCAGCGGAGGAGAGCUGUUCUCCCGUAUCAGCACCAGGGGGCGCCUGUCGGACCUGGAGAGCAAGCUUGUGUUUUCACAGGUCCUGUCUGCAGUAAAACACAUGCACGAUAAUAAUAUUGUCCACAGGGACCUGAAGGCAGAGAAUGUUUUCUACACCAGCACUUACUGCAUCAAAGUGGGUGACUUUGGAUUUAGCACAUUUAGCUGCCCCAGCGACGUCCUUCACACGUUCUGUGGCUCUCCACCUUACGCGGCCCCUGAGCUGUUCAAAGAGAAAGGCUACAUCGGUCAAUAUGCAGAUAUUUGGGCGCUGGGUAUCCUGCUUUAUUUCAUGAUGACUGCCACCAUGCCAUUCAAAGCUACCAACACAGGCAGGCUUAGAUGUUGUAUCCUGCAGGGCUCUUAUGCCAUCCCCUCCUAUGUACCUGAAUCAUGCCAGGAGAUCAUUAAGGGCCUCCUGAGGCCGGUGCCCGUUGAUCGCCUCAGUAUGGCAAAGAUCAUGUCCAGCGACUGGAUGAGAGGCAUUGAGUACGCCCAGGCCCACGCCUCUUGUAGCCCCACGCCCUCCCAUCUGGUUGAGCCCACCUACCUCAGCUCGGAUGAACUGAAUGUGAAGGCAGCGCUGGAGGAUCUUGGCAUCACCAAGCACCAUCUCCUCAACAACAGCCAAGACUUGAGAAGCCCCAUUACUGGGACUUACCGGAUUUUGCUACAUCGCAUCCAAAAGAGGAGGUCUGUGGAAGCUGUGGGCUACAGGCAGUCAUGCACCAUAGGGUCCCAGAACAGACUCCGACAGAGAGCGGGCUCAGACGGCCUGCUAAACAAGCGCCACUCUCUUGUCUGUAUCAUCGUUUAG